AGCCAGCGAGCAGGACGGCGCUGGACGUUUCAUUCAUAUAGGGAACAGAUCCGAAGGAAAGGAUUAACUAUCUCCAUCCCUCUACCCUCUACGGACCUUAUCCUCUCUUCCCUCCUCUUGUGUCUCUAAGCCUCUCUUCACCUCAUUUUUUUUUUCUACAAUCCCUCCUUUUUUUCUACACAAUCCCUCCUUUUUUUCACAAUUCAUUGGUGGGUUGAAGGGGAAGCUGGGGGGGAUUGUCUCUAUACAGAAAGGAGGAUUAUUCUCAUAUUAAUCAUUUGACCAGGAUCUUGAAUGUAUGGAUUUCUUUAACUGAAGAGGUGACUAUUUUUCUUCAAUGUUUUGACCUGUGAGAGAUUUUUAAUUUUUGUCUUUAUUUUUUUAUUUAUUUUUUUUUUCUGGGGGGAAUAUUUUUUUGGGGGGGAAUGGCUGAUGGCAGAAAGCUAUAAGGCUGGUGCUGUCUGAGAUAUUUGGUCAAAAGGUGUUUUGGUGUAGUUUUUCGCAGUCACCGCCCUAGUGGAGGCUGCAGGCAUGGCGGCUUGACGCCCCCAUAGCCCCGCCCCUCCGACAGAGGAAGGCUGCAGAGCUUUGUGUCAUGCCCCCCCACACCCGCCCCCCUGGGGGCACUGGCUUGCCCCCACCCAGCUCUACCACCCACCACCUGGCCAGACCUGUCUUCCUCUGUGUCCUCUGCCUCCUGGCAGCACUGCUGCCAGCAGCCUCCUCCUGCCCUCCUCCCUGUCUUUGCUACUCAGAUGGCCUAGUGGACUGCGGAGGCCGGGGUCUCUCGUCUCUGCCUCCCCUUCACAUCCUGCCUCCGGGGAGCCGCUCCCUCCUGCUAGCCAACAACAAGCUUGCCUUGCUGGGAGCCUCUGCCUUCGCUAACCUCUCCUCUCUGGAGGAGCUGGACCUCUCUAAUAACUACCUGGAUAAUUUACCAGCAGGAUUAUUCAGAGAUAUGUCCAACUUGACAAAACUGACUCUGCACAACAACUCACUAACAGUAAUGGACAGAGAACUCUUCCAGGGUUUGGGGGGUCUUCAGAGUCUGGAUCUGUCCCUGAACGGUCUGUCGUCUGUUCCUCUGGGGCUACUGGAUGAGCUGCAGAGCCUCAGGUGGCUCUCUCUAGCGGGUAACAGGCUUCAGGGUUUGGAAAGGGCAGCGUUUGAGCCGCUUGCCAACCUACAACACCUGGAACUGGGACACAACCCCUGGGAAUGUGACUGCAACCUCCGCGAUUUCAAACACUGGAUGGAGUGGUUGCUGUACAGAGGGGGUAAGGUGGACGCGGUGGAGUGCACGCUGCCGAAGGAUCUGCGUGGGCGAGACAUCCGUGGGGUUCCAGUGGAAAUGUUCAACUACUGCCUCCAACUUGAAGAUGAGAACGGAGGUGGAGGAGGUGAGGGUUCCCGUUCUGGACAAGGAGGCGGUCCUCCCUGCAGCAGGAACGCACUUAGCCCCAGUGGGGCAACACCAAUUUCUGACAACAGCAACACUGGGGAUGACUCCUCUUCAAACACGGGAGGUGGAGGAGGCGGGGAGGCCCCGGCAGAUUGCGUCCGGGCCCGUUACCGGCCAGUGAGUGUGCGCCGCGCCAUCGGCACCGUGGUGAUUGCUGGUGUGGUGUGCGGCAUUGUUUGCAUCAUGAUGGUGGCAGCCGCGGCUUACGGCUGCAUCUACGCCUCGCUGAUGGCCAAGUACCAGAGAGAGUUGAAGAAGAGGCAGCCACUGAUGGGAGAUGGAGAGGCAGACGGGGACGAUAGGGAGGAGAAACAGAUCUCCUCUGUGGCCUAGGGGAGUGACGGGACGUGGGAGGGGUGGCUUGUCAAAGAGUGAAGGUUUCGAAGGGGCGAAAAUUAAAAGGGCUCGAAGAGGAGAGAGAUGGAAGAGCUUGUUUUAUGCACAGUGAAAGUUAUGGUACCUCUCCCUCUGACUCUCAAACUGACAUCUUUCUCCCGCUGUUUGUCUUCCUUUCUUGGCCCUCUUUCUAUUUUUAACCUUCUCCCUCUCUGUCCCUCUCUCUAACACACUCCCUCACAUGCCUUAUCUGUUCCCUGAUUUUCUCCUCCAUUUAGAGCCUUUACUCACUGCAGUAUUUGUUACCAAUCAUCCCUCCAACUCGCCUACCAACCACCUACUGCUGCUCUUGGCUGCUGCUGAAUUUACCGUUAUACUGGCAGAGAGAAAAAAUUAUUUGAUACUCUCUCUAGUAUGAAACAUAUCAUUUAAGCUGUUACAAGGUACGAUCAGUCAGUAUUUCUAAAACUGGAUUGAAUUUUCAGGGAUAUACAGUAUAUAUGGUGUCGACUGGACCAACAUUCACAACAAUGAGAAGAAUUUGUGGUAUUAGGUAGUGCCCAGCUCUUGUUUUGUUUGCAUCUUUCUCCUCCUCAACCUCUCAAAAGCCAAUAGUUUCUCCAAAAAACCAGGACCCCAGUCGAGAUCCCUUCACCCUUGUCCAGCCUAAUGCUCCUCCUGCAUUCCGUUGGACCUCAAAGUCUCAAAGAAACAGACAGUUAUGGAAAGUUUGGGGGAAAUGACAGCAACGUUGUGGAUAAACAUAAAGAGAUGUCAUUUCUAUAGUCAACAUCUACUGGGGAUACAUACAGAUAAUAUGUUAAUAGGAAAUCAAACAUUGUCUCCUGGGUCUUGUGUCUCCUGAGACUUGUUUACUAAGGAACAGGAAACCAUUUGGAUGGAUAAAAUGAUCAUUUAUGGAUUCAAAUACAUGAGGUCAGAGACAACGGUUAGAUAUUCUCCCCUAUUUGAACUGGAACUGUUUCUCUCUGGAUUUUCUCUGGACUUAUAACAUCUUCCAGGUGUCACAGACUGGAGCUGUGCAAGAGAUUCUACAAUGAAUCUUAUCCAUAUGGGGAACAAACCAUUUUAACUGGAAUUUGAAUUUGCUGUAUUUGUCACUUUUUCGCAGAAUAAGGUUCUUGCUUACUUGAUGCUUGUUCAAUGAUUAUGGUCAGUAUAUGGUGAAAAAGCGAUCAAACUAAUUUUCUGGUAUUUCUUGGACUAUGCUUCAGGUUCAGAAAAGUGUUCACAACAAUGCUGUGAGAUUUAAAGGACCACAGACUUUGCUUGAAAGCAGAUCUUCUUUGAUUGGAGCUCAUUUUCAGACUGAUUUCACCCCUCAGAGGUGAAUGUUUGCUACUAUGGCAUGGAAGCACUAUCUCAGAGAACCCUGUCUCCUGGCAAGGACUACAGAAAUUCAUCUAAGGACUACAAACUUCAGACUCCUGCACUUUAUUUCCCUACUCAGAUCCUCUCUGGCUUCCCUCUCCCUCCUCCCUUCCCUCUCUUUCUUUCUAAAAUGGACGAUUUGCCCAGAGGGAUUAUUAUGUACAAGGGAUUAAACAAAAAGACGCUGCUAUUUUUCCCCCUCCUCCUUCUCCUUCUCAUCCCUUUAUCUCUCCAUCCAUCUUUCCAUCCAGUGCUAUUUAUGGAAAGUUUUUCACUCUUCCUUUAAGACCACCUCCUUUCUUUCCUUUUAUCAAUCCCUUCUCCCAUACUGUUGUCCUUGUGUUGUUUCUGAAAGGUCAGCAAUAUGCAAUGGAAGGGGUGUCACCAUAACAUGAAAAUUUUGUUACUGCCAAAGAGCCCUUAUGCUGUAAACUUAGUAAUCAUCACUUAAUCGAGGAGUCUGUUUGAUUCACAUGCUUUGUCAGUGCAUUCACAAAACAGGUUAGUUUGUUUGCUUUACAUAGUCUUUUCAUAAACAUCUCUAUUUGUGACCUGAAUUAUUUAUGUAAGCUUUAACAUUGUGUUGUCCUGUCUACAUAUCUAAAAAAUCAGGCUUUCAUUGCAUAUUGCUCCCCUACAGUAGAACAAUUGUUCCCUCUCAAUUUCCAAUUGGCUGGAAAUAAACUUAUAUUAAUAGUGUGUUAUCUUAUACCUGGGUAUAAUGCAGAUAAAUAUUAUUAUAUUAGUCUCUAAUAUGGUGUGUUGGCCCAGCGAUCCCCAAAAUGUUUUUGAAGUAACUGUUUAUUGUUUUUCUGUAUCAAUUCAUGAUGUACGUCUUUUGUUGUGUUGAUGACUUCUAUGUUUUGUUUUAAGUUUUAAUAUCUCUGUAAUGUUUGUUUAUUCGUCGUGUUCAUUUAUUUGUAUUUAAUAGUUGGUAACGUUUCUGCAAGAGGCAUAGAGAGAGUUUGACCAUUGAGAAUAAAAAGGGCCCCAUACUGCUGCCUCGUCUCUGAAAUGUAUCAGGGUGAUUUAUUUAGCGUAGAAUCACAUAGGCGACAGGUGAACUUAUUGUUUAAAUAGGAUUUUAUAUUUUAUUUAGUGCUUUAGAACUGCGUAUAUACAUUUUUCAUUAUUUAAAUAUAUAUUAUAUAUAUAUAUUAUUCAUUAUUUCAGAAUAGCUAAAUAUGAAUAUAGAAUAUUAUUGGUAAAAGACUAAGCUGGUGGGAAUUAAAGAGGCAAAAAAAGUUAUUAUUUGAUCCUUCAGUUCAGUAAUGAUCAAGUCUGAUUUGCAAAUUAAGUUAACAAUGGUCACCUCACCGAUGUAAAGAAAUAGAGAAGUUAAGCUGGUCAAAAUAAUUUGGAGAUGACAUGUUUAAAAACGUAGCAAAGUAAAGCGAUAUUUUGAAGGGACUCUGGGGCAGUAAUUGAAAAAAAGCAAUGGUUAAACUCUGUCUAUAAAUGUAGAAACACUGUCCUCUCAUCCCCUGGUCUGCAGGUCUUGUGUUGUUGGUAGCUAAGUAUCUUAGCUAGCUGAAACAUGUUCAUAUAGCCUGUGUGUGUAAAGCAUAAUAAAUUCUAGUUUGUUACGUAAAACUGCAGCAGCCAUGAUGACUGAGGGCCUCAAAGAAUACAGUGCCCAGAAAUCUAUGGUGUGUAGUGUUAUUAUGAAGAUUGUUAUUAUGACAAUGAUGAUAUGAUGAUGAUGAAGCAUU